GUCAACCUCGUCGUGGCCUUGCAACUCAAUCCUUUCACCCUUCCCGGGGACCUAACUUAAGCUUGAAGACGUAGAAGAAUUGGCGACUUCCUUUAUUGUACCUAGCUUCAAUUCGCUUCUUUGUUUGUGACUUUGGCAAUCAGACCAAGUCUAAAAUGACAGCAUGAACUCGCGGGACCGAGCACUGUCUCCGGAAUACACCGAAUCACCGACGUCAACCACGACGACGACAAUAUAAUAAAAUUUCAUCAUCUCCCCCCUGUGAUCCCGGCCGUCGCAGCCAUGAAGCGCCAAGUCGUCGUCCCCCACCGCAAUGCGCUCCUCUUCUCGACCUCCCUCGCAACAACACUCCUCGUCCUGACGCUCGCCUUUGCGUCCAUAGCAAAUGCCUACACCGAAAUGUCCGAGGCCUUUCUGAAGGCGAUACCUCUCGACCAUGGCGACUUUGACAUACUCAAUCAGCGCGGCCUGCUGGCCCCCAUCCUGAUCCCCCGCGUUCCCGGCACGCCAGGCCAGGUGCAGGCCCAGCAGCACAUCACGUCCUUCUUUGCGCGCGAGCUGCCCAAAUGGAAUGUGUCGUGGCAGAACUCUACCGGUACGACUCCCGUCACGGGCAACAAGCAGGUGCCAUUCCAAAACAUUAUUGUGCGCCGAGAGCCGCCCUGGACAAAGCCUGGUCAGGCAAACUACCUGACGCUGGUGGCACACUACGACUCCAAGAUAUCACCAAAGGGCUUCAUUGGAGCUACCGACAGUGCGGUGCCGUGCGCCGUCCUCAUGUACGUGGCCAAGAGCAUCGACAAGUACCUCACACAGAUGCACGACGAGAUGGCCGCGCUGGGUGAGGGCGGUACCAUACCCCAGGAUAUGGCCGUCCAGCUGCUUUUCCUGGAUGGGGAGGAGGCGUUUGCGUCGUGGACGGAUACGGAUUCGGUCUAUGGUGCCAGGUCCCUGGCAAGCUUUUGGGAGCAGUCAGUCAACCCGGCCAUGUCAUCUUACAAAAACCCCCUCGACCAGAUUAGCAUCUUUGUGCUGCUGGACCUGCUUGGCUCGGCCAACCCGUCAGUGCCGUCUUACUUCCAGACGACACACUGGGCAUACAAACGCAUGGCGACGGCCGAGACGCGCAUGCGCGACUUCAGCAUGUUGGAGUCGGUUCCGGCCAAGCCCUUCUUUCCCGACGCUGGCAAGACCAAGUUUUCACCCGGCGGGAUUGGUGACGAUCACAUUCCCUUUUUAAAGAAGGGAGUAGAAGUUUUGCACGUCAUUCCCAGCCCGUUCCCGGACGUGUGGCAUCGCAUGGAGGAUGAUGGCGCACAUCUGGACAUGGCGACGGUUAGGGAUUGGGCGAGGAUUACCACGACAUUCGUGAUGGAGUGGCUGGACAUGAUGGAGGUUGCACCCCCAGGUGCAGAGGGCUAGACUACUUGAUGGGCUGGGCGACUUGUUUACGAUCAUUUACCAUGUUACUAAGGAGCUACUCGAAACGACUGAAGAUAUCUUUCUUUUUCGAGUUGUCGAAAGGCAAGGGAUGCCUACCUAUGAAGACCGCUAAUGUCUUGGGUGGCUGAACUGUAGAUGUCAGUUGGCUCGAGAAACAGCCGAUUGGCUGCUUGGACGGAUAUCUACAUUCAUUACGUUGUGAGGUAUUCAGUACCCAACGAGGCUAUACUGCCAAUGAGCUACAGUCUUUAGCUAGCAAACCAUGUAUAUUAUACCCCGACCCUCUCUGUAGCAGUUGCUGAGAGCACUUAAAUAUUAUUUGAUUGUACUGUAGCUAGCCGGCACAUAAUUCCACAGAUCUAUCCUCUCGAAUGCAUACCUAGACGGGACAAAUCACUUCCAAUUAAAGAACCAAGCGUUCUUGUGUGUAGGGCAGGACCAUGCGACAACAUAACUUUAUCCAGUCAACAAGUGGGAGGUUUUUGUCAU